GCCAAGGCCAAACGGCCACGUCCGUCACGUGGAUAUUAACCAGCCAACCCGGUUUGAAUCUCAUUUUUUUCCUCUCGCCCCCCUUCAGGAGCGGUUGUGCGAUCAGAUCGAUCUAAGAUGGCGACUGUGGAACCGGAAACCACCCCUACUCCUAAUCCCCCGCCUACAGAAGAAGAGAAAACAGAAUCUAAUCAGGAGGUUGCUAACCCAGAACACUAUAUUAAACAUCCUUUACAAAACAGAUGGGCACUCUGGUUUUUUAAAAAUGAUAAAAGCAAAACUUGGCAAGCAAACCUUCGGCUGAUCUCUGAAUUUGAUACUGUUGAAGACUUUUGGGCUCUGUACAACCAUAUCCAGUUAUCUAGUAAUUUAAUGCCUGGCUGUGACUACUCACUCUUUAAGGAUGGUAUUAAACCUAUGUGGGAAGAUGAGAAAAACAAACGAGGAGGACGAUGGCUAAUUACAUUGAACAAACAGCAGAGACGAAGUGACCUCGAUCGCUUUUGGCUAGAGACACUGCUGUGCCUUAUUGGAGAAUCUUUUGAUGACUACAGUGAUGAUGUAUGUGGAGCCGUUGUUAAUGUUAGAGCUAAGGGUGAUAAGAUAGCAAUAUGGACUACUGAAUGUGAAAACAGAGAUGCUGUUACACAUAUAGGGAGGGUAUACAAGGAAAGGUUAGGACUUCCUCCAAAGAUAGUGAUUGGUUAUCAGUCCCAUGCAGACACAGCUACUAAGAGCGGCUCCACCACUAAAAAUAGGUUUGUUGUUUAAGAAGACACCUUCUGAGUAUUCUCAUAGGAGACUGCGUCAAGCAAUCGAGAUUUGGGAGCUGAACCAAAGCCUCUUCAAAAGCAGAGUGGACUGCAUUUAAAUUUGAUUUCCAUCUAAAUGUUGCAAAGAUAUAAGAGAAGUCUCAUUCACCUUUGUCUUGUACUUCUGUGUUCAUCUUUUUUUUUUUUUUUUUUUUUUGGUUAGAAUGUCCACUGUCCCAAUCAAAGAAUUACAGUACACAUCAUCCCCAGAAUCCAUUAAUGUGUUUCUGGCAUACUCUGUAAUAGCUUAGAAUAAUUAUUAUUACAAACAUAUUUUACCCAUCCACAAUGUUAAAAAGGAACUUGCAUUUCUAUACCUUACAGGAAAAGAAUUCUGUUUAUGUUCCAUUGUAUGCAGGAGCAUAUUUUGCUGGUUUGAAAGAGUAUGAUGCAUACAGUUUUCUAGCAAUUUUCUUUGUUUCUUUUUACAGCAUUGUCUUUGCUGUACUCUUGCUGGUGGCUGCUAGAUUUUAAUUUAUUUGUUUCCCUAUUUGAUGACAUUAGUGAUUCUGAUUUCACUUUUUAUUUGUUUUGCUUUUGUUUUUUUCCUCAUGUAAUAUUGGUGAAGGAUCCAGGAAUAUGACACAAAGGUGGAAUAAACAUUAAUUUUGGGCAUUCUUUGGUAAUUUUUUGUUUUUUUGUAACUACAAAGCUUUGCUACAAAUUUAUGCAUUUCAUUCAAAUCAGUGAUCUAUGUUUGUGUGAUUUCCUAAACAUAAUUGUGGAUUAUAAAAAAUGUAACAUCAUAAUUACAUUCCUAAUUAGAAUUAGUAUGUCUGUUUUUGUAUCUUUAUGCUGUAUUUUAACACUUUGUAUUAGGUUAUUUUGCUUUGGUUAAAAAAUGGCUCCAGUAGAAAAGUGGUCCCAUUCAUAUAAAGACAGUGUACAAAACUGUAAAUAAAAUGUGUACAGUGAAUUGUCUUUUAGACAA